GCAAAAUGGAUGGGGUGGAAAGGGUAGGGAAGGAUGCGCUUCUAAUUGUAUUUGACUAAGCAGAUUUCUUUGUGUGAGGUCCAUUUUUAGCAAUGGGAAGAAAGCUAAGCAUCGUUGUGCUCUUCUUUGUUCAAAUGCUGCUUCUUCUUGUACAAAACCAUGCAGAGAUUGUUGUGUCCACGGUUGAAGCUCCAGCUCCACAACCUCACAAAAACACCACCCACUUUGCUCCACCUCCUCAGCCUAACAAAAACACUACACACUUUCCCAAUCGUGGCAUCACUGAAGGCAGUCUUAAACCACAAGAAUGUGGACCACGUUGCACAGCUAGAUGUUCAAAUACACAAUACAAGAAACCGUGUCUGUUUUUCUGCCAGAAGUGCUGUGCCAAGUGCUUGUGUGUGCCUCCUGGAACUUAUGGCAACAAGCAGGUUUGCCCUUGCUACAACAACUGGAAGACCAAAAGAGGAGGACCCAAAUGCCCCUGAAGCUUCAAAUUUCAUCAAUUAACUGUGUUUUUGGUUUAGAUCUUUCAAACAAAAAGCUUGUGUUUGAUAGUUGUUAAUGCAGAACAAUUCCAUGUAUUUAUGUACCUUAAUUUAAUAAUGUUUGUCUUUGUGUGCUUUGUUCUGCCUCAGGGAAUAAGACAGAACACCUUCUGCAUUGAAUUUGUAGUCAAAUUCCUUGCUAGAAAUAGGUAUACAAGACACAACAAACACACCCUAUGCAAAUGUUUGUCUUCUGGUUAUGAAAAUUUAAGUAGAAUGUUAUUCCUUAGCAUUAUUAUA